AUGUUUCUCACAUUUUCAAGAAAAAAUAUGUCCCAGAAACUGAGUAUGUUUUUACUAGUUUUUGGAAUCAUAUGGGGUUUGAUGUUGCUACGCUACACUUUCCAGUAUCCAAGACGCCAAAGCAGUGCCGAGCUGCGUGGACAGAUACUAGAUCUAAGUAAAAGAUAUGUCAAAGCACUGGCAGAAGAAAAUAAAAAUUUAAUGAAUGGUGGUGGUGGAACAUCUAUGACAGGAUAUGCUGAUCUUAAGAGAACAAUUGCUGUUCUUCUGGAUGACAUUUUACAACGCCUCGGAAAAUUGGAAAACAAAGUUGAUUACAUUGUUGUGACUGGCUCAGCAACAAAUACCACUAAUGGAACUAGCAAUCAGGUGCCAGUGACUUCAAAUAAACGUGUAAAACCAGCAAGCAACAUUAGAUAGCAAACAGGACCACUUUAUGUUGCUACAUCUGUAAUACUUAAGAUAAGCUUUUUAUUUCUGGCUAGGGCAAAGCAGUAGUUCACUCUAAAAGAAGCAUAAACUACUCUGUUAUGCAAUGUGCUGGAUCCUUGUAGGCCUAACGUAGAUGCAUAGGUUCUCCAAGCACUUUUUCACUGGCUUUGAGCAGUACCUCUGAAGUGAUCUUUGUUGUCUUCAAAGAUUUUUUGCUACCAUGAUUCGAUGUAGUAUGCCAUUGAAUAAUAAGAAAUGGAAAACAAUGGAGAACUUAUUGGUAGGUUUCUAAAUAUAUUUAUUUAAGUAUGAAUAUAACAUAUCUUUUGGAUAGGU